UGGGGACAUAUUUAUUUUAAGUAAAGUAUGGCUCCUAUCGCUACAAAUUCAGAGCAGCGAACGGAGGACAGUUAUGGUCAGAAUAACACUAUCGUUUUUAAUGCAUCAAAGAAAGAGCUCUUUACUCCAGCCAGUGGCUUUAGAAAUCUUGUGAGGAAACUCAGAAAUAAUUGGAAAGUUAUCAUUAAUAAGGAUGAAAUAACCUUGGAGAGAUUGUUGUAUGCCAAUCUGUUUGUUCUUGCUGGACCAAGAGAAAAAAUAUCAGCAAGUGAAUUUGAAGCAAUGAAAUCAUAUCUCGAGAAAGGUGGAAGUAUCCUUGUUUUAUUGGGAGAGGGUGGUGAGGUACACUUUAGUACAAAUAUCAAUUUUUUACUUGAAGAUUUUGGAAUCAUGGUUAAUUGUGAUUCAGUUAUACGUACAUCUUAUUAUAAAUACUUCCAUCCAAAAGAAGUGUAUAUUUCAAAUGGAGUUUUAAACAGAGAGAUAAAUAAUGCUGCUGGUAAACAUAUUCCUGGUGAUCUUGAUAGUGACCUCUCCACAUUCACUCAAUCAUUAAAUUUUGUCUAUCCAUUUGGUGCGACGCUACAUGUUGUAAAACCAGCGAUUCCUGUGUUAUCGACUGGGACAGUUUCAUUGCCAGUAAAUCGUCCGGUUUGUGCAUUUCAUUCUUCAAAGGCAUGUGUAUCAUACUUGUAUGUUACACUGUCAUCAACCAUAGAGAAGUGUAUGUUCUACUGUCAUCAACAUGGUAAACUUCUUAGGAGUUGUGAUGAAAUGCACGUGAAAUACGAGGCUCUACAGUUGAUUCCUCCCCAGUUUGAGACGCCGUUCCCUCCUUUACAAACAGCGGUAUUCCCGCCGACUUUUCGUGAAUUGUCUGGUCCACCAAUGGAACUUUUUGAUUUAGAUGAUCAUUUUUCAUCAGAAAAAGUCAGAAUUGCUCAAAUCACCAACAAAUGUACGAAGGAACUGAAUGUACAACACGUCAAUAAUCUCUUUUACUUAGGUGUCCAACACACUACCUGCAUAAAUGACCAAGUCUAACCGUUUAUAAGAAUAUUUAUUCACUCCCUGAUUAUGUCAAGAUUGUGACGUAUGUGUAGUGUGAAGUGUCCUUCGACAUUACUGACACAAACGAUAUUUUUGUGGAUAUUUGAAUACAGUUUCGUUAGACUUUUUAGGUCUUUCAGAUGACGACAGGGCAGUUCCUCGUGGCGUGGAUGAACAGCAAAACUGAGGUAUUUUUUUUAAUUUGUGCGGUUGUAGAUGAUCAGUAAUGUCGGCAAUGAAAUUUAUUUACGCACUUCGUACAAAAUAUGUUUUUAUAUAUUAUGCAUGUAAAUUUACUUUUCAUAAUUUGGAAAGGUUGUCGUUUAAAUAGAUUCGUGCUCAGCUACAA